UGCAGUCAAUAUCAAAAUUCUUCCAUCAGGUCUAAGCCUACCAAAGAUCGAAGAGAAAGUUUCUGAACUCGUUAAACAGUUUUCCAAUAAAUGAAAGAUGAUAUUGUUACUUGUGGUGAGUCAUACAUGGGCAAUCCAGCAAGAUGAAAAUGGGAGGAUGUGAAAGAAGUGCAAGCUGAAAUGAAGGUGACAGGGAAGCGGAUUAUUGAAAUAUUUGGAAAGGCUGGUUAUGUACCUGUUAUUCCCAUUAAGAUUUUUAUGAGAGAGUUGCCUAUUAUGUUGUUGUUUAGUGACUGCAGUUAGGGAUGGAUUGAUUUAAUACCUUAUGUUCUUGCUUUGUAUGUAUUUUCUGUGCUUACUUAUAGGUAAGCAGGUGACUAAUUUUUUUCACCUGCGGUGUUGCUUUGUUUCCAAAUUCUUGUUCUUGAGAUCAUUUAUUAAGAGUUUCAUGCAUAAAGUUGUUUAGCCGAGAACAUCUUUACCGAUGGAAUAUUUGUGGUUGCUUUCUUUCAUGUUCAACAUCUUUUGAAUUUCAUUUAGUGCAAUAAUGUAUUGGCGCACUCAUUAUGGAAGUCUUUCAUUACAGUUUCUUUUGGUGCAUUUGAAUGGGACCAUGAAUCAUGAUGCUCUUAUUUGGAAAUAUUCUUCUAGCUUGAAAUAGGAAAUAUUUGGAAUCAUGAUGCUAUAAUGAAUGAGAUUAUCAAUACCAUGGCAACUUUAAUUUGCUGUUUCUAUUCAAUAGAUGUUGUGAUCUGGACAUAUUCUGGGUGUUAGUAUAUAUACUAAUACUAUCCUAUAGUCUUUAUAUUCUCUUACUCUUUCGAUUAAACUCAUCACGCUGUCAUGCUACGGGAGAGGAUAAGAGAAGGAGCAGCCAUGGUCGCAUCUGGAACAAAUUUGAUCAGGACAUGUAAGAGCUGAGAAGAAUAAAGGUUGCAACAAGCAAGACAUGUGCUCUCCCUCUCCCGCUCUCUCAUUAAACAAAAACCCUCUCAUUCAUGUGAAUACUCUUCUGCACAUUAAAUACAACUCACCUACUCAUGUGUCUUAGCAUGAUGCUCCCUAUCCACAUAUGCCAUAGCAAUCAAGCUGUUCAUGAAAUUGGUUGGAAUCAACUCAUAUUUAUAAACUCCAAUUUCAUCUUAUACUUUCAACACCACCAUGUCAAUAUCACUCCUUUUCCUCUAUAUUCUCUUCUUCCCUUCCUACACGAGUCUCCCGGAUCCGAUUCUCCCAACACCAUCAUCUCAUCCAACAGCAUUAACAAUCCCUUCAUUCCAAGAACAAUCUUAUGUUAAAGGCUGUUCUUUAUCUCUCUCAAAUGAACUUUUUAAUGGCAUAAAAAGUGCAUGUAGUUCAUCAAAACACAGUAAACUCGACCGUAACCGAUGUUGUCCCGUUCUUGCAGCAUGGUUGUACUCUUCCUACUCUGCCACUGCUCUUAGAAACCACUCACCAUCAUCAUCGUCGUCGUCAUCGUCAUUUGACAUGCCUUUGGUGCCUGAUGAUUCAGAAACAUGUGUGGAUGGUUUGGAAAAGGCUUUGAAAGUUAGAGGAAUCGAGAUUGUAAAUCCAAAUGCGAGUUGUGAUUUGGUGUAUUGUUAUUGUGGGAUUAGGCUGCAUCCUUUUAACUGUCCCGAUUCAUUUUCUGUAACCAAAAGUGGUGAACUUGUUGGAGAUGAAAGUGUUAGAAAGUUGGAGAAGAGUUGUUUGAGUGGCGACAAACAUGUCAAUGGUUUUCAAGGUCUUGGAGGGUGUUCUAAGUGCUUGAAUAGUCUCUACUUGCUUAACAAAAAGACCUCAAAUUCAAGCAAAGAACAAGACAGAACCGCAAAGAUUCACAACAAAGAUUGCGAGCUAAUGGGCUUGACAUGGCUUCUGUCGAAGAAUCAGACGACUUAUAUUCACACGGUUACAGAUGUUCUUCGCGCUUUAUUGUUGAAUAAUGAUGGAUCUAAGCCACAAUCAUGCACUCUUAAUAGUGAUGGAAUGCCUCUAGCUGUUGAUUCAUCUGAAAUCAUAAAUGAGCAAUCUUCUUCAACCAAUCUCCAACCACCUAUGUUUUUUUCUUUGUUAUUAGUACUAUGUGUGCAUGUUUUUGUGCUAUUCUCUUAACUAAAACCUUAAUCAUGGUUGGUUACUAUGUGUUGAUAGGGACAAGUACAUUUCAGAGACAAUUAUGUGUUUCACAAGAUAUUUAUGAACUUUACCUUCAUAUCAUGUAUGUUAUAUGUCUACACUUAAUGUGGGAGGUUGUAGAUAUUUGUUGCUAGUACAACAAUUAUUCCAAGGACAAAGAUUUGUCACAAGUUCAGCAUG